AUGGCCCCAUCCUGGAGCUCCGUCGUGGAGCAGAUUGCCGUAGUUUCCCAACACGAGCAGCAGCAGGACGACAAGCUUCGAUCCAGCCAGACCCACAACGCGCCCGUUUUGAUUCCAAGCCACGAACACACACCACAUGAGCACAACCCCGCGCCCCCUAUAGGCCGCAAGCCGCGCCCCGCCGUUCUACUAAUUCCCGCAGUCCUUCCUCCGCCAGCCUCUCCUCUUCCGCUUCCGCCGGCCCCUCACCGGCGCCCCGACCAAUUACAGGCGCGAGCGCAACAGCUGCAGGGGGGGCCGCAUGCGCGCCAGGGGGGUCCGCACAGGCGCGCGCGCCAGCUCAAGAUCUGGGAUCUCCAACCCGAGCUUCCGCCGGCCCCUCAUCUGCGCCAUGACUGCGCGCUUGUGCGCGCGUGUGCGCAGCAACUCCGCAAUCUCCCGCCGGAGCUGCCGCCGGCCUCCCAACCGGACGCGGGACUGCCCGAGGCGCCGCCUAGUGACGGCGCGUGCGGCGGCGGCGCGCCCGGGCGAAGCGGCUUGUGCUCCCCGAUUGGCGGCGGGUUGUGCGGCGCCGUCCAUUGCGCUCGGUGCGACUUGCUCAGUCGGCCGAAGCGAUGGCCGUCGAUCGGCUUCCCCGUGCGGCGAUCCGCGCAACUUGCGCAGCAAGCGGAACAUGCGGCGCACCCCGCGCGGCGAAUCAACGUGUUAGCAGUACCUAGCUGCAGUGACCCUGAGACUCGACCCGAGGGGAAAAUGUCCCCCGCAUACCCCGCAGGUUCCUCCGCUGAUCCGGUUAUCCCCGCAGAUCCCUCAAUCUCCGCAGAGCCUCCCCACCAGCAGCGGCCUCCAUUCCCGCAUGCUUUGCCCAUUGACGAGCCUGCGCUCUUCCGCGCGCGGACCGAGGAUUUUCCGCCGCCCCCUUGCACUUUCACUUCUACUCCCGCGGAUGUGCCUCUCGAAACGCCCCGCGCUUCCCGAGGAAUGGCGGAACCAUGGGGCGGAAAGGCGGAGCAGGCGCAGGCACUGGGCAGCGGAGGGCUAGCGGAAUCGGCGGGGGCUGCGCUUGCGGGGGGAGACUGGCGGAAGCUUCCUGCGCCUGGGUGGUACCGGCGGCGGGAUUGGGAAAUCGGGAACGGGCGGAAUGCAAUCCGCGGAGUGUCUGUGCGCGCAUCAACUGCAGCUGUUGCUCCGCUUCCCGUUCAACCAACCGCGCAGCGUGCUCCCCCAAUGGUGAGCCAUGCUCCGCUAACAGGGCAGGGUGCUGAACAAAGCAGCAGGAGCUCUCUAACGCGGAUGCCCUCCGUCCCCACCGAGCCCGAGCGCAACGACGAUGAAUGCGCAGAAAUUGAAGCAGAUCCACGCAACAAAUCCCAUCGCGUCACGUGUCUCCCCAUCAGUGGCGAAGCCAUCCAGACCCACGUGGCAUCUCUCUGGCUGACAGUACUGAGUCAGCUGGAUUUUCUGGGGGAGGUGUCUACUGCGUUCCUGGGGGAGGUUGCACCUGGCAGACGUAACAGGCAGGAACAGGGGGAGGAGUGGAGCGGAAAGCAGGCAGGAAGCAGCAUUCGCGGAAUGUCAAAUAACCAUAAACGCGAGCAAGCCGUGGGGGCCGCAGCACCACUUCUGAUGGGGGGAAGCGAUGGGGAGAGACUGGCCAAUGUUGCUGCUACUGCUCGCCUGAUGGCUGACCCUCCCAUUCUCUCCCCAGACAUGCGCUGCCGUGAUUUCAGUGGCUUUAACGUGAGUGGCUUCAAUACAGGCGGCUUUGCUGAUGCUGGCGUAUGUGGCGCUACUGUAUCUCCGCCCUUGAGUUCCCUGCAGCCUCUCUCUACGGCGUCCAUCUUCCACCUGAGGGAGGUGCUAUCUGCAACGCCGGGUACAACCGCUAACAACCGCACUGAACCGGGCCGGCCGUACCUGCGUGUCCGGACCACUCCAUCAGUCCAGCCGAACGACCUGGACACGUGUCGCAAGGGGACUGGCCAGAGCCCUGCAUCCAUCCUGGACUCUCCUGUUCCUUCCGUUGACUCUGGCUGUGAUUCUCGCCCUGAGCUUCUAUGGGCCCAGCCCACACUCUCCCUCGGGUAUUGA